AUGCAGGGUGAAGACAUCUUAAACCAGAGGAGUGACUCUCUAGUCGUGGAAUUUCAGUCGUCAACCAGCCGAUGCAGGAGUGUCUAUGAACCAGAUAGAAACGUGUUACGGAGGAAAGAACGAGAAAGGAGAAAUCAGGAGACUCAACAGGAUGAUGGCACAUUUAAUUCCAGUUACUCCCUCUUCAGUGAACCCUACAAGACUAACAAGGGGGAUGAGCUCUCCAACCGGAUCCAGAAUACGUUAGGCAAUUACGAUGAAAUGAAGGACUUUUUAACUGAUAGAUCUAAUCAGAGUCAUCUCGUUGGCGUUCCCAAACCUGGGGUUCCUCAGGCUGCUGUGAACAAGAUCGAGGAACAUUUUGUUGCAGAUUCAAGAGCCCAGCCCCAGGCCUCCUCUGUGUGCAGCACUGCAUCUUCCACACCAGCGGCUGUCCCCGGGCAGCAGAGUAAGAGGGGCACCGUGGGCUGGCAGAAGGCUGGGCACCCGCCUCCCGACGGCCCACAGAGAGCAACACAACAGAGCUCUCUCAGGACCUUGCUUGGAGAUGGCGCUGGCAGGCAGCAGCCACGGGCCAAACAGGUGUGCAAUGUAGAGGUGGGUCUUCAGACCCAGGAAAGACCACCCGCUAUGGCAGCCAAGCACAGCGGCAGUGGACACUGUGUUCAGAACUUUCCUCCAUCCCUGGCUUCCAAACCCAGCCUGGUCCAGCAGAAACCGACCGCAUACGUGCGGCCGAUGGAUGGCCAAGAUCAGGCUCCCGAUGAGUCUCCGAAGCUUAAGUCGUCCACGGAAACCAGCGUGCACUGCACAUCAUACAGGGGCGUCCCGGCCGCCAAGCCAGAGUCCACCAGAGCCAAGGCCAAGCUUUCCAAGUUCAGCAUCCCCAAGCCAUCGGAGGAGAGUCGAUCUGGAGAAACCAACAGCUGUGUGGAAGAAAUAAUCCGGGAGAUGACCUGGCUUCCACCACUUUCUGCUAUUCAGCCACCUGGCAAGGUGGAACCCAGCAAAUUUUCAUUCCCAAAUAAGGACUCUCAGCUGGUUUCCUCUGGACACAAUAAUCCAAAGAAAGGUGAUGCUGAGCCCGAGAGUCCAGACAAUGGCACCUCGAAUACAUCAAUGCUAGAAGAUGACCUCAAGCUAAGCAGUGAUGAAGAGGAGGGUGAACAGCAGGCAGCCCAGGGAACCACGCUCCACGCUCUGUCUGACAGCGCCGGGGUCCAGCAGGCCAGCUGCAGAGCCUCGGUGCCCUCCAGCAAGGGCAGCAGCAGCGGCAGCAGCAGCAGCGGCAGCAGUUCGUCCAGCGACUCGGAGAGCAGCUCGGGAUCCGACUCCGAGAGCGAGAGCAGCUCCAGCGAGAGCGAGGGCAGCAAGCCCGCCCACUACUCCAGCCCCGAGGCUGAGCCCGCGUCCUCUAACAAGUGGCAGCUGGAUAAAUGGCUAAACAAAGUUAAUCCCCACAAGCCGCCUAUUCUGAUCCAGAAUGAAAGCCACGGCCUGGAGAGCAGUCAGUACUAUGCCCCCGGGAAGGACCCCGCGCAGGACUGCGGGAAACUCGCCGAAGGGUGCCAGGCCGGCCUGAGGGAGAAGGACGUCAAGAGCGCCUGCAAGGAAGAGCAGAGGCCAAGGACAGCCAACAAGGCCCCGGGGACGAAGGGGGUGAAGCAGAAGUACCCCGCCUGCGGCUGUGGCCCCUCGGUCACCUGCGAGACGCGCACGCGGGGCCUGAGCAGGAUCGUCCCCAAGUCCAAGGAGUUCAUCGAGACAGAGUCCUCAUCUUCGUCCUCCUCCUCGGACUCCGACCUGGAGUCGGAGCAGGAGGUACCUCUGGCCAAAGCGCCGGCUGUGGCCGCCGCCUCUGCAAGCGACCAGAGGCUCAAGGAGGCGCCGGCAGCAUCAGCAGUGGCGGCGGGGCCCCGCGCACCCGUGGGCUCCAUCAACGCCAGGACCACCAGCGACAUCGCCAAGGAGCUGGAGGAGCAGUUCUACACGCUGGUCCCCUUCGGCCGCAACGAACUUCUCUCCCCCCUGAAGGACAGUGACGAGGUCAGGUCUCUCUGGGUCAAAAUUGACCUGACCCUCCUGUCCAGGAUCCCAGAACACUUGCCCCAGGAGGCCGCGGCCCUCAGCACGCCUGCAGCCAAGGACGCUGAGAGCGCUCCUCCAACCCACCCAUCCGACGCACCCGUAGAAAAGGCUUUGCCCAAAUCCAAGAGGAAACGCAAGUGUGACAACGAAGACGACUACCGGGAGGUCAAGAAGGCCCAGGGAGAGAAAGAGAGCUCUUCCCGACAGGCCGCCUCUGCCAGUAACACUGUGUCUGCGAAUCCUUGCAACAUGAACGUCAGCAGCUUGGCAAUACCCAUCAAUAAAAAUGAAAAGCUGCUCCGGUCGCCCAUCUCACCCCUCUCCGACGCCUCUAAACACAAAUACUCCAGUGAGGACUUGACGUCUUCCAGCAGAUCCAGCGGCAGUGGCUUGUUCCCUUCCACCGCCUCCAACAAAAAGCUCAAGGCGGAGAGCCAGCUGCCGGCUCAUGCCGCCGACCUCACGAAAGCAGCUCACCACAGCUCGGAAAGUGUUCUCCACAAGCCACGGCCACAGACGGAGCCGUGGUCCCCGGGCUCCAGCGGCCACCGGGACUGCAAGAGGCAGAAACUCGUCUUCGAUGACAUGCCGCGCAGUGCAGAUUAUUUUAUGCAAGAAGCUAAGCGGAUGAAGCAUAAGGCAGAUGCAAUGGUGGAAAAGUUUGGAAAGGCUUUGAACUACGCCGAAGCAGCCUUGUCAUUCAUUGAGUGUGGAAAUGCAAUGGAACAGGGCCCAAUGGAAUCCAAAUCUCCAUACACAAUGUAUUCAGAAACAGUGGAACUCAUCAGGUAUGCUAUGAGACUAAAGACCCACUCAGGCCCCAAUGCCACACCAGAGGAUAAACAGCUGGCUGCGUUAUGUUACCGAUGCCUGGCUCUCCUGUACUGGCGGAUGUUUCGACUCAAAAGAGAUCACGCUGUCAAGUAUUCAAAAGCACUUAUCGACUAUUUCAAGAAUUCAUCUAAAGCUGCCCAAGCCCCAUCUCCAUGGGGAGCCGGUGGAAAGAGCACUGGAACCCCAUCCCCCAUGUCCCCCAACCCCUCCCCCACCAGCUCCGUGGGAUCUCAGGGGAGCCUCUCCAAUACCAGCGCCCUGUCCCCUUCGACCAUCGUCAGCAUCCCACAGCGCAUCCACCAGAUGGCAGCCAAUCACGUCAGCAUCACCAACAGCAUUCUCCACAGCUACGACUACUGGGAGAUGGCAGACAACCUGGCCAAGGAGAACCGAGAGUUCUUCAACGACCUGGAUCUGCUCAUGGGGCCGGUCACCCUGCACAGCAGCAUGGAGCACCUGGUCCAGUACUCCCAGCAGGGCCUGCACUGGCUGCGGAACAGCGCCCACCUGCCGUAGGGACCGCGCCCUGCGGCCGCACUGUGCUCCCACCUCCGCGGACGGCUCAAUGUUUCUGGACACUGUGCUACUGACAUUCCCAGCCACAGCAUUUAUCAAAAUCCAGUGAAUAUUUUCUCAGCCUCGAACAAUGGUCUUUUCCCAGGGCAUGUGUGCCUGUAUGUGUGGGUGUACAAGCAGCAGCCUGUGUGUGUAAGAUGCACAGCUCUUAAAACCUAUUUUCUUUGUCUAGUUUCCAUAAUCCCAGGCUAGACAAAGUGAUCAGAGGUUUCUGAUUAGAGGAAAUACACUUACACACAUACACACACACAUACACACACACACACACACACACACACUUUCUACUUCAAAGCUAAACCAUGACUUUUUAGAACAUUCAACCAAAAUCUCGCUGUGAGUUCACAGGUGCAGCACACGCAGCACACCAACAGCCUGACUGCCAGUGAAGACGACCUAGUCCUUACGUUGUUGAUGACUUUCAGUGUUGAUAGACUAUCCCCACUUACCCUCUGGUUGUCCGUGUUCAUGGGUAAUUGAAUAAUGAAAGUCAGUCACGUUUUGCUGGAUGUUUACUAGGUUGCAUGUUACCAAAUGCCCUGCCUUUCAUUUACUACUCGCCCCCUCCAUCCAACUUUAUCAUCAGCUAAAUGCGUGGUGAGCAAAUGGAUCCACUGCCCUGCCCCCAACGUGGUCUGAACGUGGCGCAGAUGUUCGGUGAGAACUCGGUGCUUUUGGAAGCGAGCCAGCCAGCGCUCAGGCAGCCAUGGCUGCGUUUGGGAGCCUAGUCAGGAACUGGAACCUCCUGCACCUGCAACAAGCCCGCCCUGCACAGGUGUUUCUUCUUCCUG